ACAUCCCCCCAGACAGAUCAUCCCUCUAUAAAACAGUACUAUGGUGAAUCUUUAUGUUCAAACCAUUCUUGGAAGAAGCUUAACCUUCUUUGAAACUGCCAAAUUCUAAAAGGUAGAGCAGACAUGAAUUGUCACAAGAAUUUGUGCAUUCUGUUUUUGGCUACUGUGUUAGUUUUUGGCAAUGUAGUUCUCGCCACUCGCCUCCUUGUAGACACAACACUACCUAAGGUUCCUGAGUUUACCAAGCCAGAACCGCUGCCUCUUCCUACAGUUCCAAACUUGCCUAAACCUGAAUUACCACUACCUAAGGUUGAACUUCCCCCGCUUCCUCAUGUCCCGACCCUUCCAAAACCUGAGUUUCCAGCGGUGCCUCACGUUGCAAAGCCUGAACUGCCUCCUUUGCCAAAGCUGGAGGUGCCAAAACUGCCGGAAUUGCCACCUCUGCCCCAUCUCCCAGAUCUGCCAAAGCCCAUAUUACCUACCAUCCCAAGCUUUCCCAAGGAUAUACCCCACUCAACUUCUAACCCUUUUUCCCAAGCCAUGAACCGCCGCCUCUUCCUACAGUUCCAAACUUGCCUAAACCUGAAUUACGUACCACUACCUAAGGUUGAACUUCCCCCGCUUCCUCACGUCCCGACCCCUCCAAAACCCGAGUUUCCGACUGUGCCUCACGUCGUAAAGCCUGAACUGCCUCCUUUGCCAAAGCUGGAGGUGCCAAAACUGCCGGAAUUGCCACCUCUGCCCCAUCUCCCAGAUCUGCCAAAGCCCACAUGCAUUACCUACCAUCCCAAGCCUUCCCAAGGAUAUACCCCACUCAACUUCUAACCCUUGAGUUUCCCGAAUCUGGUAUAUGGGGAUCCGCGCGCCCUAGUGAUUUGUGCAUGGAUUAGUGCAAGUAGUGAUCUCCCCAAUUAUGUCUUCUUCGUGUUUGUGG